AUGAGUUCUCAUAGAGAAAGCCUAGAGAUUGCCUUCUUGACUGUGCUUUUGUUUGGAGUACUGGGGAACCUGUUACUUCUUUACCUACAUAGCCUGAAGUUCAUCGCUGGUCACAGAAAAAGACUCAUUAGCUUGAUAAUCAUCAACUUGGCUUUAGCUCAUACCCUGAUGAUUAUUUUCAGAGGGAUCCCCAUAGUAAUAGUCACUUGGGGAUGGAGAGCUUUUCUAGAUGACAUGAUGGAAAAAAUCUUACUUUACCUCAUAAGAGUGACCCGGGGAGUUUCCCUCAGCACCACCUGCCUCCUGAGUGUCUUCCAGGCCAUCACCAUCAGUCCUAACAGCCUCAUGUGGGCAGGGAUCAAAACUGGGACCUACAAAUAUAUUGUUCCCUGCACUUUAUUCUGUGGGAUUUUCAAUAUUCCAAUAGAUGUCAUAGUAGCUGCAAACAUAAGUGAUACAAGGAACAGCAGUAAUGAAAGAUGGAGGAUUGCGCAUAGCUCUUUUAACUUUCAUGCCAUAAAUAUCAUAAAAAUUGUAAUCUCAAACUCAGUUGUUGAUGCUCUGUUUGUGGGUCUCAUGAUCUGCUCCAGUGGCUACAUGGUGUUUGUCCUGCACAGACACAGCCAGCAAGUCCAACACAUUCACAGCGUCAGCCUCUCCCCCAGACACUCCCCUGAGAUCAGAGCCACCAAAGCCAUCCUGAUGCUGGUCAUCACCUUUGUCUGCUUUAACUCAGCCAGUUCCCCUUUCGUCAUUUAUAUAGCUUCUACUAAAGCAACUAGGUACUGGGGGAUGCGUUUCACUGUUGUCUCUCUCUGUUUUAUCCAAUAG